AUGCGAGUGUGUGGUGGGCUGUAUGUAGGUGACCCCGACACCCAGGUACACGUGUAUCUCCACCAUGUGUUAGAGUUAGGUGUGUGUGUGUGCGUAGGUGUGCUUGCGUGCUUUUCACACACAAAAACACACACACACACAGACAUACAUGCAUGUCGCUUCUUUUGCUCACUACCCAAUAACGGACUUGCGCGAAUCGCUGUUAAACGAAAAAAAAGCAAAAACUUACGAUACAGAUGA